AUAGUAUAAUCCGUCACGACAUUCCAUUUGUCUACUACACCGUGGUGAUUGAAUAGGAUAUCAAAUAGGACGGAUGGGUGUACCUAUAUAAGAUGUCAUAUUAUUAAUCGCAGUUUGAAAGCUCUGGAUACAUAUAACUUUACAAGAAGGAUGACAAAUUGCUACAGUAUAGAGAUCAUGUCGUUGUUUGCAAUAGCGAUGCUGACUUUUGUGGCACAGGUCACAGCGUACAGCGCCAUGCCACCUAUGAGCGUCUGUAACUCAAUGACCCCGAGUCACGGCGGCAGCGCACAGACCGGAGCCAACCCGUACCGGAUUGUCCUGUCCAAGACCACGUACUCUACGUCUGAACAAAUUCAAGUUACAUUACAAGGCCUUGAAACUGGUACAAAGUUCCGAGGGUUCAUGAUACAGGCUCGUUCAGCUGCUGAUUCAUCAACUUACACGACGUAUGGAUCAUUUGCUGAAGCCACUGGUGUGGGUAAUCCGUGUGAUAAGGCGGCAGCCACCCACAAAGACACUGGCAAUAAUGAUAAAACAUCCGUCAGCCUCACAUGGACCGCCCCGGACUCGAAUGUGAGCAGUAUCGUGUUUGUAUACACUGUCGUGCAGACAAAACCUACGUUCUGGGUAAAGCAGCAGUCUUCGACCUUGAUUCACCAAGCCGCUUCCACUGCUGCGCCCACAACUGCUGCACCCACCACUGCUGCGCCCACAACUGCUGCACCCACCACUGCUGCGCCCACAACUGCUGCACCCACCACUGCUGCGCCCACAACUGCUGCACCCACAACUGCUGCGCCCAUCACUGCUGCACCCACCACUGCUGCGCCCACAACUGCUGCACCCACCACUGCUGCGCCCACUACUGCUGCAAUCACAUCUGCUGCGCCCAUCACUGCUGCACCCACCACUGCUGCGCCCACAACUGCUGCACCCACCACUGCUGCGCCCACAACUGCUGCACCCACCACUGCUGCGCCCACAACUGCUGCACCCACCACUGCUGCGCCCAUCACUGCUGCACCCACAACUGCUGCGCCCAUCACUGCUGCACCCACCACUGCUGCGCCCACAACUGCUGAACCUACCACUGCUGCGCCUACCACUGCUGCUCCUAUAACUUCUGCGCCUACAACUGCUGCACCCACCACUGCUGCGCCCAUCACUGCUGCACCCACAACUGCUGCGCCCAUCACUGCUGCACCCACCACUGCUGCGCCCACAACUGCUGAACCUACCACUGCUGCGCCUACCACUGCUGCUCCUAUAACUUCUGCGCCUACAACUGUUGCGCAUAUCACUACUGUGCCUACAACUGCUAGGCCUACCACUGCUGCUUCCACAACCGUUGCGCCUGUAACUGCUGCGCCUACCACUGCUGCGCCUAUUACUGCUGCUCCUACCUCUGCUGCGUCUGCCACUGCUGCGCCUACCACUACCGUUUCUACGGCAACACCUAGUGGACCCAUCGGUGAGAUCAAUCAGCCUACCGGCUGCGGGAGCAUAGUGAGCUGCAUAAUGCCGCGAAACUGCACACAAAACUGCCAGUACAGCGUCCAGUGGAGGCCGUCCAAGAACAACACUGUGGUGGAAUUUGAAGUGAAGAGAAAGACGUCGUCACCUGAUUACUACAUGGCUCUGGGAUUUUCAGAGGACCUGCAGAUGGGCCAUGAUAGUGUUGCACAAUGUGUGACAUUAAAUGGAGUACCUUCCGUACACUCUUCGUAUAACGAGGCAUACAAGUACAACACGAAUCUUGAUGUGCAGAAGACAUUCGGCGUUAAUCUUUUAGCCGGUGAUUACAAAAACGGCGUCCUUACCUGUAAAUUUGAGAGAAAGGUCAACGUUCAAUUGGCAGGAGGCUCAUCAACACGAAAAAGACGUGUUCCAAGCGAUGACGGUCAUUUCUUUGAUAUAAGCAAUCCGUAUUUUCUUCUUAUUGCUCAUGGGACUGCGGAUAACGGAACAAUUAAGUACCAUUCUGAAACACCUGACAUUUACUCCGCUGAGAAGAUUGACUUCCUGGGCGGAGCCAAGCUUUAUGAUUGGACGACUAAAACACCGCCCGUUCCGGACACACAAACAGGGAUCAAUCAGCCUACCGGCUGCGGGAGCAUAGUGAGCUGCAUAAUGCCGCGAAACUGCACACAAAACUGCCAGUACAGCGUCCAGUGGAGGCCGUCCAAGAACAACACUGUGGUGGAAUUUGAAGUGAAGAGAAAGACGUCGUCACCUAAUUACUACAUGGCUCUGGGAUUUUCAGAGGACCUGCUGAUGGGCCAUGAUAGUGUUGCACAAUGUGUGACAUUAAAUGGAGUACCUUCCGUACACUCUUCGUAUAACGAGGCAUACAAGUACAACACGAAUCUUGAUGUGCAGAAGACAUUCGGCGUUAAUCUUUUAGCCGGUGAUUACAAAAACGGCGUCCUUACCUGUAAAUUUGAGAGAAAGGUCAACGUUCAAUUGGCAGGAGGCUCAUCAACACGAAAAAGACGUGUUCCAAGCGAUGACGGUCAUUUCUUUGAUAUAAGCAAUCCGUAUUUUCUUCUUAUUGCUCAUGGGACUGCGGAUAACGGAACAAUUAAGUACCAUUCUGAAACACCUGACAUUUACUCCGCUGAGAAGAUUGACUUCCUGGGCGGAGCCAAGCUUUAUGAUUGGACGACUAAAACACCGCCCGUUCCGGACACACAAACAGGGAUCAAUCAGCCUACCGGCUGCGGGAGCAUAGUGAGCUGCAUAAUGCCGCGAAACUGCACACAAAACUGCCAGUACAGCGUCCAGUGGAGGCCGUCCAAGAACAACACUGUGGUGGAAUUUGAAGUGAAGAGAAAGACGUCGUCACCUGAUUACUACAUGGCUCUGGGAUUUUCAGAGGACCUGCAGAUGGGUAGAGAUAGUGUGGCACAAUGUGUGACACUCGAUGGAAGACCAAACACCCUCUCCUCGUAUAACGCUGACGGACCAUACAAAAGCAACACGAAUCUUGAUGUGGCUACGUUUGGCAUUACAAUGUUGGCUGGCCAAUACAAAAACGGUGUACUCACUUGUACAUUUGAGAGAAGGGUCAACGUUCUCUCAGGUUCACCAUUACGAAACGAGGACAGUCGUUUCUUUGAUCUUAGCUACCCAUAUUUUCUUCUUAUUGCUCAUGGCACUGCGUAUGACGGAACCAUUGAGAUGCAUUCUGAGACACCUGACAUUUACUCCGCUGAGAAGAUUGACUUCCUGGGCGGAGCCAAGCUUUAUGAUUGGACAACUAAAACACCGUCUCCACCGGACACACAAACAGGGGAAAUUUCUCGUCCUUCAGACUGUGGUAAAGUUUACAGCUGCUUUCAUGAUGGUUGCAAGGGAGGCAACUGUGACUUCAUGCUGACCUGGAAGGAAACUGGGGAUGACAUAUUAUUCUCCCUUACCUGCAAAAGACCUCAGAAUGCAUAUUGCGCAAUAGGGCUGUCCAAGGAUAACAAAAUGGGUGACGACAGUGUAUUUGAAUGUGUCGCCAAUGGUGACCAAGUCAUUGUGUCCUUGUCCUACAAUGAUGGGCGCAGUAACAGCCGUCUGGAGCAGCCACAAUUUGGUUUAACUGAUGUGACCACAUCCUCGAAAGACGGAGUCAUUUCCUGCACUUUCAAGAGGAAAAAGGUCGCCCCAUCCAACACCGGGCGUAAGAAGCGGGCCGCGGAGGGGCCCACCACAUUCUUUAACCUAAAUGAAGACUUUACAUUGUUCUAUGCUUAUGGAUCGGCCUCAUCAGGUUUCCUCAUGAAGCACAGUGUGACCCCGCUUGUGUCAGAUCAGGUCGCGGACUUUCAAGCUAUCCAGGAAAUAGGGGGCACUAGUACGAAAAUUACCCUCAUUAAAGUGCAUGGCAUUUUAAUGGUGAUAGCCUGGAUGUUGCUGGCCUCGUUCGGUAUAUUUUCUGCACGAUUCUACAAAGAUGUCUGGCCUGAAGGCUUUGAAUGGUGCAGUCAGAAACGAUGGUUUGUGAUUCACAGGGCAUGCAUGGUGACCGUCUUCUUGCUCACUGCAGCAUCGUUUGUCGUCAUAUUCGUUUACGUCAAGGGAUAUGCUCAGAUCACUGGCUCCAAUUUUGAGAAGUCCCAUCCGAUUAUAGGAAUUGUGGUCAUGGCUCUCACCCUUAUAAAUCCUAUCAUGGCCCUGUUCAGACCUCACCCUGGGACCCCCAAGAGGCCUAUCUUCAAUGUGGCCCACACGCUGGUGGGAGUCGCUGCUCAUGCUUGCUCAAUUACAAAUAUUUUCUCCGGUACGGCUCUGGCUGCGUCAAGGACACCAGGCUAUGUGAGGAUCAUACUCUGGGUGUACGUAGGCUGGCUGUGUGUGGUAGAUCUGGUCUGUCACAUUUACGGAUGCUACAAUAAAACUGCAAAGAAAGCAAGCGCGUAUGAGUUAAAAAACGUCACUGAUGGUCCCGAUUCUACAUCAUCAUCCUCACAGGGUGUCAAGUCUUUUAAGAUCUGGGUGCUAGCUCUACAAGGCAUUGUGUUGUUGGGCCUUUCUCUGGCAGUCAUAAUUAGUGUUGCCUUGGGAGACAAUGACAACAUGUGAGAUAUGCGACACUUGAAAUGUGUUGAGUUUAAAGUUGUGUCUGUAAACGAAACACUCACCUCAUUAUUAUUAUUUGCCAAAAAUUACAUUCAAGACAAUUUGUAUGUAACGUGUACAUGCUGGAAACGCAUAACAUACUAGAAUGGAAAAAGAUUCUCAUCAUAUUGGAACUAGUGUCUAUGAACUGCUUUUAAUACUCGGUUAUAAAUACAAAUACACAAUUUUAAAUGCAUAUGUAAUUGUUAUGUUGAUUUCUUAUAAUACCAGCGUAUCAUUUUACUAGUUCAAUGUCUCCCCUUUUCGUUUGCUAAUGAUACUAUCAUUAUAAUGUGUUUUGUUAUAUUGUAGUAUACUUCCCACUUUACGUAUAAUUUGUAUUUUUAUUAUUUAGAUAUAAGUUAUAGGUUUGUAAAUGAAAGUCCAUUCGAUGCACUAGCGUUUAUAAGGAAGAAUGAUCAGAUAUAUAUUUUAUUUCAAAAUCCGUUUGUAAAACAGACUUGUUAACAUAUGUUUACCUAUUUUUUUAAAGAUUCUAAAAAUACAAAAAAUCACUUAGUAAAAUUGGGAAUCAGGUAGCGAAAUACCACAAAUUACGGAGACGGAGACUUAUACUGAAAAUGCAGCUUCGUUUCUGAAUUGUCAUCAUUUGACAUUGGUAAAAUUAUACAGUGUUUCAUUGAAUGAUUUGGAAUUAUUUUUUAAUUGUUUCAAAUAUUGUUUGAAUAUUAAAAAUGUCUUAGAUGAAAACAAAAUAGGCCAAAUGACGAGUGGUUUAUGCAAUUUCCUUGUAAUCCAAAGAAAACUGGUUCGAUCUCCACUAGGAAAGUGUGUUUUUUUGCUUACAUUCUUGUAUUUAUAAUGCGUAUCUACUGUUCCGUGUUAAGAAUUAAGUAAUUUAAGGCAUUUGCAACAUAUUUAAAAAUACCAAAAUCUAUAAACAAGUCUCUUGAAAAUGUUCUUUUCACUGUAGUUUGUUUUUUAAUCUUAUUAUUUAAGCAGACAUUUACAUUUUAAAUUCGUGUUUUGCAUUUUUAAUUCAAGUUUUGCAUUUUAAAUUCAAGUUUUGAUAUAUCUUGAAUAGUGAUUUUAUACGUGUAUAUAUGUAUAAAUGUUUUAUUUUUCACAUACGUUUUUAUCAUAUAGCACUUAUUCUCAUGGUAUCGACCCUCUACAUUGUAUCCUGACUUUAACGAGUCCACUUGAAUGAACCUUAAAGAAGUUCAGGACAACAAAUGUUUUUCUUUUUUUAUAGAAAUUUUGAUUAUUUUUUUUAAUGUUUAAUAUGACGAUCAUGUUCAUUAAUUUCCGUUUUCAUUGGAAAGUAGGUAAUGUUUACUCCAGGAUGAUGCUAUAACAUUUUAAAUAGCGUAACAUAUAAUUGUGUAAGUUUGUUGAUGGUUUAUUAGUACGUUUAUCAAAUGUUGUAUAAACCGUUCGUUUGUUAACAAAAGGUAAAACUUUUUUAAGAACACUUUGAUUAGAACAAGCACAUGCGUUUAUUAGUGAACUUAGCAGCCAUCAAAACGGACGAUAUUAUGAGAAACUAAGUUUAGCUAGUAAUUUGUCAAACUAUUGUCGACAUUAAUGUUUAUGUUUUUAUGUCAAAGAAUACAUAUUUAUUUAUAGAUUUACAUUAAAAACAUGUGUUUUAA